AAUUGUCUGGGGCAAGAAUGUGGUGGGUGUGAGAAGCCGUUGCAUUUCCUUCCCGGCUUCCCCGACCAAAGCAGAGAAAAGCUUGGCUUCAUUGCGGAAAUGGACUUAGCUUUCCGUUGCAGUUCACCCUUGUACCUUCCAUCAUCACCAUCUACUACUACUAGGAAGCCCAGUAAUUGCCAUGUGAAAUCAUUCCCCAGAAAAAUGUCACUGUCCAUGGCAACUGCUCAGGCAUAUGAUUCCGAGUUAGAGAACAAGAAGCUUCAGCUAUUGACCUCUAUCCAAGACACACAAAGGGGACUCCUCACAACUCCUGAUCAACGCUUUUCGAUCGAAGAGGCUCUCGUGAAUGUAGAGGGUUGCAACAAGGGUGACCCCAUCAAUUUGAACAAGUUGGAUGGAACGUGGCGCCUGCAAUAUACUUCUGCUUCUGAUGUUCUUGUUCUUUUCGAAGCUGCUGCUAGACUUCCUUUCUUUCAAGUUGGACAGAUCUUUCAGAAAUUUGAAUGUCGUGAUGAAUCUAAUGGAGGUGUUAUCCGCAAUGUUGUCCGUUGGAGUGUUCCAAAUUUGUUAGAGGAACAAGAUGGUGCUACAUUGCUUGUAUCUGCCAAGUUUACUGUUGUAUCUGUCCGUAAUAUCUACCUUCAGUUUCAAGAGAUCACACUUCAAGAUAUAAAUAUUAAUGAACAGCUACAGGCUUUAAUAGCUCCAGCAUUGCUACCCCGAUCUUAUUUAAGUCUGCAGAUUUUACAAUUUCUGCGUGCUUUCAAAGCUCAAAUCCCGGUGAGGGAUCCGGGAAGGCAAUCGGUAGGAGGACUAUAUUACCUUAGUUAUUUGGAUGAUAACAUGCUUUUGGGUCGUGCUGUUGGUGGAGGAGGGGUAUUUGUGUUUACGAGAGCCCAGUCGCUCUACUGAUGAGCAUCGAUCAGUAGUUAAAACUUGUACUUCUUAGCAGCAAUAACCUCAAUGAGCAAGAAAUUGAUCGGAGGCUUAUGGCUACAAGGAAUUCUCCUCAAUGGAUGAGGCAAUUAUAUGUAAUUGUUCUGUUGAUAGUAUUUGAACUACUCUUUUUAUGUAAUGUAGAUUGGUAUUGUAUAAUUGUAUUUACUGAUAUCAUUAUCUACUACUGAUGUUAAUAUCAGUUGUUUAAA